AUAAUUCAUCCAUCUUGAGUGUACUACAUCUAUCCAAUAAUACUUAUUGCUUCAAUAGGGGCAUAAAGAGGUUCAACUGAAUACCUUUCAUUGAAAAAUUAUAUCGUGUAAAGAAGGUAUCAAGUUCAAAUCCUAGUGGUUGCAACUUGCAUUGUUACAUUUUUUUUCGAAAUCCCCAGUUAAAAUUCCUAAUUUCUAGUCCAAUAUCAAUAUAAUACUUGUUAAAGGGCAAGAAGGGGAUUUAUUUUCGUUGAAAAAUUAUACUAGUGAAAGAGAGCCUCGCGUUCACAUCCUAGGGGUGACAUUUUGACAAAAUUUCUGACUCCACCACUAGUCUGAUCUGAUAUCAAUGGCUCAUGCAUUGGGGCACGACGUGGUGUUUGAGGAUUUUUUCCCUUCUAUGGUGGAGAAACUUGGAGCUGAGGGAUUCUUGAAGGAGCUAAGCAAUGGAUUUAGGGUUCUAAUGGAUGAGGAGAAGGAAGUCAUAACAUUUGAGAGCUUGAAGAAGAAUUCAGAGUUGUUGGGAUUAAAGGACAAUAUGAGUGAUGAUGAGGUGAUGUGCAUGUUGAGUGAAGGUGAUUUGGAUGGUGAUGGUUGUUUGAAUGAAAUGGAGUUUUGUGUAUUAAUGGAGUCAAACUUGAAACCUCUGAUUAAGAAUGGAGGGGCGAUACUACCGCACAUCAUAAAGUUUAGUGGUUUGUUUAGUAAUUGUUAAUGUCAUCAUUAAUGUGAUUCCUCUACAAGCUAACAUUUUGCUAGUAAUAUUAG